GGGGCCGCCAUAGCUGCAUCAAAGACUGCACUUAGGGAUUCCAGGGGCGCAGUUGAGAGGCGAGUCCGAGAGAGCGGUCUGGUCCAGGGGCCUACCUGACCUUGACCUAACUUCCCCCGGAGAAGGGAAGUAAGCGGAAGGUAGCAAAGCAUAGUUAAUGACAGCUUGGGCUCUGCAGCGAGACCUGGUUUCCAAGCCCUGCAUUAGCAUCUUGGCCUCAGCUUCCACAUCUGUGAAACGGGAAUACCUAAAAGGAAAGCGAAUGGAAAGGCCCAUUCUACUUCAUCCUGGGCACAGACCCACAGUUUGGGCUGAUGAAGGCCUGGUCCACCGGGGACUGUGACAAUGGCGGUGACGAAUGGGAACAGGAGAUCCGUCUAACUGAGCAAGCCGUCCAGGCCAUCAACAAGCUGAACCCCAAACCCAAAUUCUUCGUUCUGUGCGGUGACCUCAUCCACGCCAUGCCAGGGAAGCCGUGGCGGACGGAGCAGACGGAGGACCUGAAGCGAGUGCUCAGGACGGUGGACAGGGCGAUCCCACUGGUCCUCGUCAGCGGCAACCACGACAUCGGCAACGCCCCCACGGCCGAGACCGUCGAGGAGUUCUGCCGGACUUGGGGAGAUGACUACUUCAGCUUCUGGGUCGGGGGCGUCCUGUUCCUGGUCCUCAACUCCCAGUUCUAUGAGAACGCCUCCAAGUGCCCCAGCCUGAAGCAGGCGCAGGACCAGUGGCUGGACGAGCAGCUGAGCAUCGCAAGGCAGCGGCACUGCCAGCACGCCAUUGUCUUCCAGCACAUCCCGCUCUUCCUGGAGAGCAUCGACGAGGACGACGACGACUACUUCAACCUCAGCAAGUCUGCUCGGAAGAAGUUGGCAGACAAGUUCAUACACGCAGGUGUCAAAGUCGUGUUCUCAGGCCACUACCACAGGAAUGCCGGGGGUACCUACCAGAACCUCGACAUGGUGGUGUCAUCUGCCAUUGGAUGCCAGCUUGGCAGAGAUCCCCACGGGCUCCGAGUCGUGGUGGUCACCGCUGAGAAAAUUGUUCACCGAUACUAUAGUCUAGAUGAGCUGAGUGAGAAAGGAAUAGAAGACGAUCUCAUGGAUUUGAUCAAGAAAAAAUGACGCUCCUUCCUGUUCCCGUUCACUUUUCACUUGCACUAUUUUUUUAUGUUGCCAGAAACAGCAGCUGCACACAACCCCUUGCUGAAAUAUAAAAAUAGCCCAGGCAGGUUUGUGAAUUUAUGUCCUUUUGCAUAAAUCGGAGAGCUGGGGCCCUAUCCUGAAUUACAUUCAAAAUAGAACUGCAUUUCCUUUAAAAUGGAGCAAGCGAUCCUGGAAAUCAGUUUUUAAAAUAUUAGACUAUCUCUGCAUGGAUGUUUGAAUAAAUUCUCCUAAUGCUGUGUUUCUCAACUCCACUUUUGAAUUGGAUUGUAUUCUGGUUAGCAUAUGAUCAAGGUCUGCCUAUCGACCUCAAUUCCAAUCUGAUAGCCAAGUAUGAUCUUUGAUAAUUCCUUAAACAAACUACACCUGAUUGUAUUAAAUUGUGGUCAUGAUUCCCAAAAUGCUAGGCAAAACGAAGUUCAUCUCCUUUCCUUUCCAGCAGAAUGAGCAGCUAUCUCCCUAGUUGCGAGAGCCAUGCAGACUUAUUUUGACAACGAGCCAAGUAGCCCCCAUUUACUGUUAAAUUCUGAGACUUCUGAUGAUAGGAACAGAAUGCAGUUGAUAGAGCUUGGAGCUCAAAUUUGCCUUCCUGGGUGCCUGGAAAAGUCACCUUUGCACAUAAAUUGGCCAUUUAUGAAAAUCUCCUCCAAGAGACUGAAACCACAGCUCUAAAACGGCACUUCUCCAGUCGCUGGGUAGCACAUUUUGAGUUUGUUCACAUCCACAUUCUGGCUGUGUAGCCACUCCACAGAUGGGUGGUCUCUCGGGAUCAGAAUGCCCCUCCACUCAUGAGACUCUUCAUUUUGUCCACUUUGACAGAAAAAGUGGGAAUGUAUGCUGAGCUCUCAAAAGAAACAAAAAGGCCAAAAUGGUGCCUUCAGCCACAUCCUCUGAAUUGGCCCUGACUUGGAUUAAACGCACUAAUGCAAAAUCCCUUGACAAAAGCA